AUGAGCGGCCCUAUUAGUAUCGGUUCUGAAUCGGAGUGGAGCAGCCUCCUCGCAGGCACAAAUGUUGUCAUCGCAGACUUCUACGCCGACUGGUGUGGUCCCUGCAAGAUGAUCGCGCCGACCUUUGACAGCCUCGCCAAAGAACACUCGUCCCCUCGAAAGGUGGCCUUCGCCAAGGUCAACGUCGAUAGCCAGGCGGGCAUCGCGCGAACCCAAGGCGUCUCAGCCAUGCCCACCUUCAAGAUCUUCCACAACGGCAACUGCAUCGAGACCAUCCGAGGUGCCAACCCCCCGGCGCUGACGGCGGCCAUCAACAACGCUGUCAAGCUCGGUGGCGCGACCAAACCCGGCGACGCAUUCAAGACACCCGGCCGGACGCUGGGCGGAGAUACAAAGUCGGCCUCACUGGCCAGACGGUGGAGCCUGAAGAAGCUUAUGGAUAUGUUUAUUACAUUCUUCGGACUGUACUUUGUGUCCCUAUUCUCGCUCGAUUCAUACAAAGCGGCCGAGAAGAGCGUGUUCAACCUAUACCGUCAACCCACAGUUUCGAGUGGAGGGACAGUGGGUGGAGCGUCGAGGCCUGUUUCGACUCGUUUUUACACCCAUUCCGCUCCUUCCCUACGAUUACGACGAAUUUCUCCCCUCCAAGCAUCCCAGUCCAAUAAGAGCACAGCAAUUACACAGGCUUUUUCGACUUCAAGAUGUUUGCGACAAGAGGCGGUGGCCCCGCGCGCAUCGCCGGAGGAGAUUGAGCAGGUUGUCCGAGAUGCGAAGCAGCGAUUCAGAGAUACCUUGCCAAAGGGAUAUCUCAAUGACGAAGAAUAUGCCCUCUACGAACGAUUGUACGGUGCACCCUUGCGAGAGACUAGGCCCGAAGAUGUUGGUAUUCCAGAGCACGCCGACAUGGGGCCCGAGCCCCCACGACCGGAUAAUGAGGGUACUAUACUGCGGGAGAUUGAGGGAGGCGAAUUUGAGGAGAUCGUCUAUCAAAUUCCCCGUGAGGAGGGAGCGGAAGACGAGAUCGUGGACGAGAUCGUGGAAGAGUCUGACGAGGAGCUGCCGCAAUCCGAGCUAGCAGACUUGGCCAUGGAAGAGUCACUACAUGAACCUCCAGGGUAUGUCGACCUAGUGGCAAGGAAUCAACGAGAGUACGAUGCGAUGCAAAAAUUGGCCAAGGAUUUCGAAGAGACCCGACGACAACAACAAGAGGCAGAGGAUAAAGUAGCGGCAGAGGAGGAGGAGCUUGCAGAGCAUCUGGCGGAGGCAGAGGAAACACCUCAGUGGCCAGAGGAGCAAUGGAGGGAGAGAGUGUCUGGUGAAACUCUUCGAUUCCACCCUCUUUCCAUUGAGGGUCGAUUCCAUGGCAGUCCCGUUGAGAUUUCUCUCCCGCGGGACGAGCUGAUCAUGCCUAUCCGAGACCUUUUGCAGCGAACACACAUUGACCAUGUCAAGAGCGCAGCUGAAGAUGCAUUUGGUGGCGCUGGUCUGCCUUUAUCUCCUGCGACGCCCGAAGGCAAGAGGAAUGGCGGGCAGAGAGCUGCUGGCAUUCACGCAGAUUCCCGACACAUGACCGAGAUCGAGGCGGAUGCUUUCAUUGCAGGUUUCUUGCCACCUGCCUAUGCCUCCGUUGCGGCUACACUACGAGAGGUCCGGAAGCGAGUUGGAAGUGAGUGGCUUCAGUCCAAGCUCAAGGACGGCACCGGCCUUAGUGUUCUCGACGCGGGAUCCGGUGGUGCUGGCUUGAUCGCUUGGGAUGAGAUUGUGCGAGCAGAGUGGGAUCUGCUAAUUGAGAAUGGCCAAGUCAAGGGAUCUGAUCCUCCUGGCAAGCGAACAGUCGUGGUUGGAUCAGAUCGUCUACGACAUCGCGCCAAGACUUUCCUACACAACACCACAUUUCUUCCUCGACUGCCUGAUUAUGAACAUUCAGGAGAGAUGCGUGGCCAGCAUCUGGAUGCAGGAGACAAGCCGCAGGCUCGAAAGAGCUACGAUGUCAUCAUUGCGUCUCACCUCUUCCUCAAGGAGCAGCAGGAUCACUACCGACAGGCUAUCCUCAACAACCUCUGGAGUCUACUGAAGAAGGAUGGUGGUGUCCUGAUUGUUCUGGAAAAGGCUCACCCUCGGGGCUUCGAGGCUGUGGCUCAUGUUCGUGACACAGUUCUGAAGCAGUUCCUUCUCCCUCAGUCGGGACAGUCUGAGGUUUCCCCUGAGGACUUCAACCCGGCUUAUCAGCGCGAGAAAGAGCCUGGACACGUCAUUGCUCCUUGCACCAACCAAGGAGUGUGUCCCAUGUACCAGGCCACUGGCAAGAGUACUGGCCGAAAGGAUUUCUGCCACUUUAACCAGCGAUUCGUGCGACCUACAUUUUACACUCGCAUGCUCGGAAACAGCCAGGACAACCAGGGCGAGGUUGAGUUUAGCUAUGUUGCUCUCAGACGUGGCGUGGCCAAGGAGAGCCCCUGGACUGGUAAGCAGGCGACAGAGGAGGCUUUCAAGGGAUAUGAACACUCAGAAACAAAGCCCGAUAUGCAGACGCUACCGCGAACAAUCCUGCCUCCCCUGAAGCGCAAGGGUCACGUCACUCUGGACCUGUGUACCCCUGAAGGCAAGUUUGAGAGAUGGACGGUGCCCAAGAGCUUCGGCAAGGCGGCAUACCACGACGCCCGCAAGGCACGAUGGGGAGAUCUUUGGGCGCUUGGAGCCAAGACGCGAGUUCUCCGACAGGUCCGGGCGGGCAAGGGACAUGACGACGGCGGCAAGCGAGCGGGAGAGGGCAAGAAGCCCAGAAGAGUCGAAAUCGUCAUGGGUCCCGGGGGCAUCAGUGCGAACGAAAAGAAUGCACCCCGAGAGCGACGCGGCAAGAACAAGCAGGACAAGAAGAGCCGGUUGCUCAAGGAGAUCCUGGAAGCGGAGGAGGAAGAGGAGAAAAUGAUUGCCAAGCAGAUGGAUGAGGAGGUGGAAGCUGAGCUAGAGGAGGAUAGCAAGAAGGGGCGUUGA